GGUAACUGACUGACAAAGCACCGAGACAUUUCGACCUUUAAAGUUACUUUAAAGUGGAAAACAAUAACGUUAUCCUAUUUCCAGCGUCGCCCAGCAGCAGAGUCAUGGUCUUAAAGUCGGAAGACGGAGUUGUGCCUGAUGACCUCAGUCCAGAGGAGAAACAGGAGCUGGAGAGCAUCCGCCGUAGAAAACAAGAGCUCCUGCAGGACAUACAAAGACUGAAGGAUGAGAUAGCAGAGGUGACCAAUGAGAUUGAAAAUCUGGGCCUUACUGAAGAGAGGAAAAGCAUGCAGAGGAAUAAACAGAUGGCCAUGGGCCGAAAGAAGUUCAACAUGGACCCCAAGAAGGGAAUACGUUUUUUGGUGGACAGCUCGCUGCUAAAAAACACCAGCGACGACAUCGCCCAGUUUCUUUACAAGGGGGAGGGGCUUAAUAAGACAGCCAUUGGAGACUACCUGGGGGAGCGGGAUGACUUCAACAUCGAGGUUCUGCACGCCUUCCUGGAGUUACAUGAGUUCACGGACCUGAACUUGGUUCAGGCUCUCAGGCAAUUCCUGUGGAGCUUCAGGUUGCCUGGCGAGGCUCAGAAGAUCGACCGCAUGAUGGAGGCGUUCGCCCAGCGAUACUGUCACUGUAACCCCGGAGUGUUUCAGAGCACAGAUACCUGUUACGUGUUGUCAUUCGCUGUGAUCAUGUUGAACACCAGUCUACACAACCCUAACGUGAAGGACAAACCCUCGGUUCAGAGAUUCACAGCGAUGAACAGAGGAAUCAAUGACGGAGGAGACCUCCCAGAGGAUCUACUCAGGAACCUGUAUGACAGCAUCAAGAACGAACCCUUCAAGAUCCCAGAGGAUGAUGGGAACGACCUCACACACACUUUCUUCAACCCCGACAGAGAGGGAUGGCUUCUGAAACUCGGAGGUGGACGAGUUAAGACCUGGAAGAGACGCUGGUUUAUUCUCACAGAUAACUGCCUCUACUACUUUGAAUACACCACUGAUAAAGAACCCAGAGGAAUUAUUCCACUGGAAAAUCUGAGCAUCAGAGAAGUUGAUGACUCCAAGAAACCGAACUGCUUCGAGCUCUUCAUCCCCAACCACAAAGAUCAGGUGAUCAAGGCCUGUAAGACAGAGGCAGACGGUCGCGUCGUAGAGGGAAACCACACUUUUUACAGAAUCUCUGCCCCGACCACAGAGGAGAAGGACGAGUGGAUCAACAGCAUCAAAGCUGCCAUCAGCAAAGACCCAUUCUACGAGAUGCUGGCUGCUCGGAAGAAGAAGGUGUCGUCUCUGAAGGGGCUGUAGAGCUGCUGAGGAUUCAACAUUGAAACGACAAGUACAGUUUUGACUCACCAAAGCAGCAGGCUGGACGUGGACCUGAUAUUCCUGCUGCUGCAGACACUUGGACCUGGUACAGAGGAUUCAGCUUUUAAAGAGGCUCUUAUUUUGACAACCCUCUCUUUACAGGUUUGACCUUCUGUUGAAAGUUUCAUUUUCCAUCUACAGAUGAAAUAAUUCAAUCAUAGACCUUUUUUUAAAUCACUUCAUACAGACUGUUUGUGUUUGAUACACUGAGCCUCAGCUUCUCACACAUUUCACUGGAGUGAAAACAUGAAGAAGAGAGCGAGAAAUGUUUUCAUUCAGAUUGGAAAUGUAAUCAGUGUGUAACACUGAAACCUAAAUAAUGGUGAGGAAAAAACUAUUGUGAUGGAAAUGCUGGACAGUUACAGUAUGAAUCAUAUACUGGACAUUAUUGUGAUUCAGAUACUUUUCUAAAAUUGUAUAUUUUAGUUAGUUUACAGCCAAUCUCUGUUUUGAUCAGCUGAGCUGUUUUCCUGAUAUGGAUUAAACCUGGUCCUGGACUGAACUGUAAUGAAGAUAUCUACUGGAAAAACUUCUUAGUUUGGUCUGGUCUUAGUCCUUGUCUGGGUCACUGGCCUCUGGACUUCAGUGUUUAGUUUGUUGCCAUAUAAAAGCUUUUUUUUCUAAGCCUGUUUUCUUACUGCUGUUGCUCUUUUGUCGAAGCACUGUUAAUGGACAUGAAGGCAAUGCAUAAAUAGCUAAAUAUUUAUUUAUCCAGAUUUCUUGUAAUUUAUUGUUUUCAGUUUUUGUCUCAUUAAAACUUUGCAAACCAA